AUGAUAUCAACAGAUGUAAAAAUUGUAAACGGUAAAAAAAUAUGUUGGAACUAUCGUAAAAAUAAGUGUAGAUUUGGACAUAACUGCAAGUAUGCUCACGAUUCAGAUUUACAAAUUGAAAAAUCAAAUAUUGUUCCUAAUAAAAAUUCUGUUAAAGAAAUAGUCAGAGCAAAGAAUUAA